AUGCUUAAAAAGUCUUUUUCAGGUGAAGAGCUGGGUAACGGGGCUGCAGCCGGAAGUGGGACAGGUGGAAUAUCUAUACCUAACAAUGCACAACUGCAUGCUCUUUCGCUAACUUCCUCCAAUAAUUCGUCAACGGCAAAGCAAUACGAUACUCUCCAACAUCAUGAUCCAAAUACCAGCGUGAACUACAUCACUUUCAACCAGGACUCAUCUUGUGUUGCCGUUGGUUUGAGUAAUGGGUAUAAAAUAUUUAAUUGUAAGAAUCUGUCCUCAACAACAAAUGCAACUUCAGCAUCUUCAUCAUCAUCUCAGCAUUCUGAUUCCCACAAUACAGCUUUUGGGAAGUGCUUCCAACACAGGAAAGAAGAGUCUGUAGGAAUAAUUGAAAUGCUAUAUUGUACUUCUUUGCUCGCAAUUGUGAGCCAGGGAGAUGAAUUGGGAUCAUCUCCCAGGAAGCUUCGUAUCAUAAACACCAAGCGAAACUCAACUAUAUGCGAUUUGACCUUUCCAACGACAAUUUUAAGAGUCAAAUUGACCAAGCAACGUAUGAUUGUCUUGUUGGAGGAACAGAUAUAUAUAUAUGAUAUAACAACCAUGAAGUUAUUACACACAAUUGAGACUAGUCCGAACUUGAACGGAUUAAUCACCUUAUCUUUGGAAAAUUGUGAUUCAAUGGGGAACUGCUACUUAGCAUAUCCUUCACCUCCUAAAUCUAUUACCCAUGACUCGCUAUUGGCCACGGGAAUAAAUACAAACGGAGGAUCCAAUUCCAUUCAUGCAAAUAUUCAAUCAGUCAGUAACACGCCUAAUAGAGUAGGUGACGUUAUCAUUUUCAAUGUGAACACUUUGCAGCCGUUAUCGGUUAUCGAAGCACAUAAAUCGACCCUUGCUGCCAUAUGUUUGUCUAAUGAUGGGACGCUAUUGGCCACUGCUUCUGACAAAGGUACUAUAAUUAGAGUUUUCUCAGUGGAAACUGGGGUUAAGUUAUUUCAAUUCAGAAGAGGAACCUACCCCACAAAAAUUUAUUCAUUGAAUUUUAAUAAAGAUAAUAGAUAUGUUGUUGCCACGAGUUCAAGUGAAACUGUGCACAUAUUCAGAUUAGGUGAAGAUGAAGCUUUAGUCAAUAAGCAAAGAAGAAACUCAAAUAAAAAAAUAAAGUUGAAUAUUGCUGGUAACAGCGGCAGUAAUAAUUCAGGUAGUAAUACCACCAUCAGGGAAGAGGAUGAAGAGGAAAAGACUUCGUUGAUAGAAGAAGGAGAUGAUGACGAAGAUCUGAAAUUGUUGUCUAUUAAAAAACUACAGAUUCCAAGAAAGGGCUCUUCAACCACCGCAACUUCUACAACAACAGCUGGUACUGUUUCUUUCGAUGAUAACGAUGAAGAGAUGGAGUUAGAAAUUGGUGACGAUGGAGAUGAUAGUGAUGCGGAUGAGGAGGAUGGUGAUAACGGAUCUCUUGAAAUAAUACCUGUUAAACAACGGAAAUUAUCUCAAGGUUCAACGAAUUCAUUUACACUGAUAAAUUCCAAUAUGUCUUUGCAUAGUAACGAAGACGGACUGAAGGAAUCCAAAGCGGAGCCGAUUGUAGAUCUGACGAGAAUAUCUAUGGCAAGACUAAUUCGGAGAUCUUCACAAAAAAUCGGACGUAAAGCCGCUCAGAAAAUGGGAGAUUUCUUACCCUCACGAUUUUCAUCUAUUUUGGAACCCACUCGUCAUUUUGCAUCCUUGAAAAUUAACACUGUAGGUAAAGAUAUAAAAUCGAUUGCUGUUAUGAAUAAUGAUAUACAAGAAGAUCUUGUUCCUAAGGCAUACAUUACUUCCCGGGAAGCUGCAGCAGCCACUGCAGCCAGUGCUGUGAAUGGGACUGGUGUUCCAAUGAUUUUCACCAAUGGAGUAGCUGGUUCAAGUUCCAGCUCAUCCAGUAAAGAAAGUAUUUCAGAAAAUAAGGAAAUGUUAUCCUUACAUUUAAUUCACAUACAGGUAGUCACAUCUGAAGGGUUUUUCUACACAUAUGGAUUAGAUCCAGAAAGAGGUGGGGAUUGUAUUUUGUUGCAUCAAUAUUCUUUACUUCACGAAUAG